AUGCAAUGUUUAGGAUCUCCAGGGCUUGUGCCACCGCGGACGCGUGACUUACCAACGGAGGUGAAAGCAUUCGCUGCCCGGUUUAGCAUCGAGGAUCAGCUCCAGAACCGGUUAUUGGAGGCCCUGAACAAGCGGGGUGACAAGUGGGAGGCAGAUCUGAAAGAUUUCGCUGCUUGCCUGUCUCGGGCACGCAGCCCUGCUGGGUUCCUCAUCGUCAAGCUCUCAGACCUGGAAAAGGCCAUCGCCGCCGAGACAGGUACAAACCCAACGAAACCACGGGAGCUUUGCGCAGACUACCGGCGUGGGGCGUGCACGCGUGGCGCAGCAUGCAAGUUUUCACAUGAUGUGCCCACGGGAUUGGGCAAAGCCAACUUUGCGAAGCUUAUCGCCCAGGCGCAGCAGAACACAUCUUCAGGUUUCAGCAGUGGUUUCAGUGGCUCCAGCGCUCCGAACCCACCUCCAGCAGAAAGCUUUGGAGAGCGCAAAAAGGAGCGUGGUCGAAAGCAAUCUCCAUCUUCCUCCCGUUCCAGGAGGAGUCGCAGCCGCCGGCCACGGCGGAGCCGGCAGCGUGACAGUCGAAGCCGAGGACGGCGAGGGCGAUGA